AAGGAUGCUGGGAGGGCUCUAUGGCGAUCUUCCUCCCCCGUCUCAAUCCUCAUCGGCUUCGGCGUCCUCGGGAUCCUCAGCGACAGCAUUUGCCGCAGCGGCUGCGGCCGCGGCUGCUGCAGCGGCGGCAGCCGCGCAGGCCGAUGCCGACGCUCGAGCAGCAGCAGCAGCAGCAGCAGCGAGCGAAGAUUCAGCCAAGAAGCACAGCUUGAUCGGCAAUGGCAAGCUCAUGACCCCGCCAGCGGCGCUUCGAAAGGCAGGUAUUUUCGCUGCUCCUCCCUCCGUCUUGCGCAACCAGUCCUCCGCCAAGGCGCCGCCUCCUCCCAGGCAACCGCCGGUUGUGGCUACUGUGAAACCAGUGGCGGUGGCGGCGACGCCAGCAGUAGUAGCGGCGGCGGUCGCGGUUACUCCAACGCCGCCAGUGGCGGUGCCCGUUUGUAUCAUCGACGAGUAUGAUCCCGCUCGGCCCAACGAUUACGAGGAGUACUGCCGCGAUCGCAAGCGGAAGAAGAUGGAGAAGGAGCUGAAGCGAGAUAUGGAGCGGCGGAGGGAGGAAGAGGAAGAAAAAGAGAGGGAGCGAGAGGUGGCAAGGCAGAAGGAGCUUGAGAGGCAGCACAAGGAAGACGUGCAUAUAAGCGGUGAAGAGGCUUGGAAGAGAAGAGCCAUGCUAAGUGCCGGAGGUGGUCGGGGGAGCUCUUCCUCCUUCUCGGCUGCCGGGCCAUCGGACAUACCACCACCAUCUUCGUCUCAAGUGGAGGGCCACCAUAGCCAUGGUGGCAAGCAGCAACAAAGCCAGGGUGGUGGCAACGGGAAUAACAGUGGAGGAAUGACCGCUGCCCAGAGGAUGAUGGCGAGAAUGGGAUGGAGAGAAGGCCAAGGCUUGGGGAAACAAGAGCAGGGAAUCACCACUCCUCUGAUGGCUCGAAAGACUGAUAAACGCGCUGGAGUGAUCGUCAAUGCGGGUGAGCUCAAGAAACAACAAAAUCAGCAGCAGCAACAAAGGCCAGUGGCUACUCGUGUUGUUCUACUCCGCAACAUGGUUGGUCCCGGAGAAGUGGAUGCCGAGCUCGAGGAAGAGGUUGCGUCCGAGUGUAGCAAGUUUGGCGUGGUGACAAGCGUGCUGAUCUUCGAGAUCACCGAGCAUGACUACGCUCCAACCGAGGCAGUCCGGAUCUUCGUCCAGUUUGAGCGGGCGGACCAGGCUAGUAAAGCUCUCGCGGAUUUGGAUGGCCGUUUCUUUGGUGGGAGAGUAGUGAGAGGCAGCUACUUCGACGAGGAGAGAUUCGCUCGCAACGAGCUGGCUCCUUUACCAGGGGACAACUAGAUUCAGAGGAAUAGCUCGGUUUCUUGGAAGAACAUGUAAGAUCACAAAAGUCAACUUCUAGUCAAUUAGUACACUCUUGGUCAA